UACACUUCUGGAGGCCGCGUGAGUGACGGUCGUGACUCAUGAUUCUCCUUGUGAAGUUCUGACCCGCGUCAGUGUGGUCUAGGUCGUUAUUGGAAUAAGGUGCGCACAAUCGCGCUCCCUCUCCCACCAUGUCGUAGUAUUGGUCGGGUCUCGCGUUAUCAAGAGGUUAAACAUCGGCCCGUGAUUGAUAUGUUGUGGAGUGCUGAUGAUGGUGACAGUCAAGUGUUGGGUCGCGAGUGGGACUGGCAGUAUUGGGAUAUGAGGGAGGUGGGGUGAGGACGAAAACCAUGACGCCCUACCAGGAGGGCACCUCACACUCCAGCGACAGCAGCGGCAAUUCUGAGGACGGUGUGGCGCCCCUCCACGAUGACCUGCGUAGUCCUGGGUCCUCCCCGCGUGCCAGGUCUUCUUCGAAUUCCAGGUACUACAUGACCCGUGAAGCCCAGGUCGGGAUGCCAGAGGACGGGGAAGGUGUGGUGAUGACUGACCUGGAGGACGAAGAGGGAGCCGCCAGUCCCCCAGGAGGCGUCGAUGACCACAGUGGCGAGGAUGAUGACCACCACGAAGGGUACCUGUGGUCACGAGAGGCUGCGGUUUCCUACGACAGAGAGGGUGGACGUGGUGUGGUUGAUGGUAUUUCUACACACAGUGUUGACGACGAUGACGACCCAGAGAGUUGGUGGACGGAGAGUGGCCCCGUGGCUACUGUCAAGCUCGUGUUGGAGACAGGCGUGGGUGUCAUCACAAGGGCAUGGCCUCUCCACCAACCUGCCCAUGCCCUCAAGGCUCAGCUCAGCCUUACAACACAGGUUCCAGCUCAUUUUCUUCAGCUGGUGGUACGUGGGCGUGUGCUAAGUGACGAGUCUACACUGCGCAGUGUGGGCGUUGAGGCAAACGAAACGGUGCAGGUGGGUGUCUCCUCUAAACGCCCACACAGCCACCCACUGACCCUCCUAGCUCCGACUACGCCCACUCUCCCUACACCAGACGUCAUCACCGUCAUCGUGGCAGAAGGUGGUGUACCUAGCCUAGCCUGGUAUUAUUAGUUCCUAAAGCUAAGUGCCUCUCUGGAUCAUGUUCUCUGAUCUUAUUUGCUUUGGUUCUUUUUUCUUUCUUUCAAAAUUUGCUGAAACUCGUUUUUCUGUCUGAUUCUCUCGUUGGUUGUUUUACUUGGAAGGAUAAAAUUCUGUAAAAAAAAAAGUACUAGCAUUGAAAAGAUGUGUCGCGAGAAUAAUGAAGAAAAGUAGGAAUAAAUUUCAUGAUUUAAGUGCAUCAGUGAUGACUAAAAGAACUGCAUUAAACUAUAUUUCCAGUAAUUACAGUAUUAUCAGAAGGGACGAUCACUUACUGAUGUU